UCUCGAGUGGACGCGCCCGAGCUCCAUCUGCGCGUGACCUCACUUCAGUCACACAGCGGUCCCAGAAACUGCUGAUUUAUUGAUGUGGAGUGAUGUGAUUAAUCAGCAGAUCGUGUCGUCAUGAGCGACAGAACCCCGGUGUGCCGCAGCGGACAGAUCAAGCCGAGCACGAGCAGUGUGACGAUGGAGGAUCGCGACGUGUUGAGGCGUAUGGAGAGGGAAAGGAGGAGUCAGGAGGUGCAGCAGGAGGAGACACAGUACGACAGGAUCGCUCCUCUCUUCAGUGAGCCGUUUAAGGCCGAGAGCGAUGAAAAGUUUCCAAAUAAGAAACAGAAACUGGACGUAGAGGGAAAAAAGUUUUUCUCCUCUCAGCAGAGCCUCCACCAAAAAGAAGCCUCUAAGAGCAGCGAGACCAUGAUGAUGAUGAAGAAGAAGAGGAAGAAGAGCACGAAACACGGCUCCAGUGUUCCUCCGGAGACGCGGCGAGACGCGGGACACAAGCGCCGAUCUGACAGCCAGCUCAGGAAAGCAGAGGCUCAUGGGAAGAAACACUGCAAGAGCCGCAGCGUCUUCCCAGAGGAACCUCGUCCCCCGACCGCUGAAGCCCACAGGCAGCGCUCUGUGGAAGAUCAUAUGAAGGAAGCCAAAAAACUGAAGCACAAAGCAGAUGCUACGCUGGAUAAGAUGGCUAAAGCGCUCUGCUAUCUGGAGGCUGCACUGGCGUUUGUGGAGAGUGCCAUCGCCAUGGAGACGGAGCCGGAGACGCCCAAAUCUGCCUACACCAUGUUCUCCGAGACGCUUGAUCUGAUCAGGUUUAUACUCAAACUGAAGAACUACACGGAUCCCUCCGCCACGGCCCGAGAGAGAGACUUCUUCAUCCUGUGUCUGCGCUGCCAGUCUCUGCUCCAGAUGGCCAUGUUCCGCUACAGACGGGAUUCAGCGCUCAGAUACUCGCGGACGCUCGCCGAUCAUUUCAGAAGCUCAUCAUGGUCUGCGUCUCCCUCCGUGUCCAAGAGUUCAGUCGUGUCUCCCGUGAGCUCAGGAUCCGGAUCGCUCGUCGUUCCUCAGCACAUCCAGCAGGCGGCGGCGUCUUACGUUAGCAUCACCACCCUCUUCCUCAGCGCUCACGAGACCUGGGAGCAGGCCGACGACCUCAUGACCUCAGGCACCGGUUUGCUGCGAGAGCUGGAUUCAUCCGUCGCUCCUCUGAGUCUGACGGCCUCCAUGAUCUCGUUAGUGACAUACAUUCGUCUCGGGCUCCACCGGAUCAGACGCGCCACACAGAACCAGAACCAGCCCUGAUCACCUGAUUCCCAGAGGAGGAG